GACGUGUAAUUGAGGGUGUAAAACACUGUGAUCCAACACACGCAUAGUUGCAGCCUGACAACAGAGGAACCAACCCCAAACGCUUUCUCGAGAGCCGCCACGAGCUUUACUGCGAACACCAAGCCGUCCCAUACUACACAACGAACUUGAAAUCGAACAUAUCACGCGCUUGUCAAUCUACCCAUUGCUGCAGGAGAGCGAAAAGUCGUCGCAUUUCUGAGCUUUUGAGAAUGUCAAUCGGCAGCAGGCCAUUUCACUAUACUAGAGCCAUUGUGCGUCAUAUUCCUGACACACUGGCUGAUAAUGCACUGCGUAUGAACGAGCCGGCGUCGCCUAUCGACUUGGAAAGAGCUCGCCAGCAGCAUGCGAAUUAUGUGUGUCAACUGAGGCAACUUGUGCCUGAUGUGUUGGUGCUGCCUGGUGAUGAUAGUCAGCCUGAUUGCGUGUUUGUCGAAGACCCGGUUGUUGUGUGUGGUAACGUUGCUUUGGUUUGUCGUAUGGCGCCGGAGUCGAGGCGCAGUGAGGCUGCAGUGUUGAAGGCAGCGGUCGAGUCUCUCGGGUUGCUGACUGUCGAGAUGACUGAGCCUGCAUUGAUGGAUGGUGGUGAUGUGCUGUUUACCGGGCGAGAGUUCUUUGUUGGGUUGAGCUCGAGAACGAAUCAGGAUGGUGUCGAAUUCCUUGCUUCCGUCUUUUCACAAUACAAAGCAACAAGCAUCAGAGUUUUGGACUCCUUACAUUUGAAGUCUCUAGCCACCAUGGCAGGCGAUGAUGUCAUCGCAAUCGCAGACAAUCCAGCCGGCAGACAGACAUGGAAGGACAUCAGUCACCUUGCAGCAUUUCAGUACACGCCACUCUGGAUUCCAGACUUUGGCGCGGCCAACGUCGUAUACAUAAAUGGCUGCAUCUUGCAUCGUAGCAGUCGAGAAUUCCCCGCCAGCGCACAGGUCUUCAAAUCACUAAACUGUCCAACACGAGAGGUAGAGAACUCGGAGUUGUCAAAGGUUGACGGUGCACUCACAUGCUGUAGUGUCCUAAUUAACUAACCACACAAUGUUUGUGUUACACGUUAACAUUUAUUGUUAUCAAUGCAACAUGUAAAUCCACAGCUCAGUAAACGCACAACAGAAUGUCAGUCGAUGCAUCGAAAAAUAGCACAAUCUAUUAGUAUUAGUACUGUAUGAUAUGACAA